AUGCCGAGAGUUUCGAAGAAGUCGAUGAUGAAUUUGCCAAUUCAAGCCAACAACUUGGUUCUAUCAGCUCAAGAUGAGGAUGAAGCCAUCGACCAAUCGAAUAUCAUGAAUGGUCGGACUCGUCACGCAGAGCCGCAGACUUCGAAUCGGUAUGAUGAGGGACCGAACGAGGAUGAUCUACCCGAGGAAGCACUGUGA